CUUUUGCAAGUCCAAAGCAUCGCCUCCUCCUCAAACUUUCUUCUAUUAUUUCGGGUGCAUCUGAUAUCAAUACCGGCGACACCACGCACGUCGACGCCUGAGAUAUAUUCUGACGCCGUCGGGGAAACGGUCACCGAGGGGGGUGCCAUCUUCGAAGGAGGGGAAGUCAUGGACACCGACUUUGUUUAUAUCUCUAAGAUUUUGGAGCCCAAUUGGGACGCCGAUGAAAAUGGUUCUGGUGAACAUGAAGGGUUACUUGGCAAUGGCAAUGGCAAUGGCAAUGCUCACUAUGCUGCUUUCCAUAACCUCAAUGCUUCUGUUGGAUUUCAAGCUCUUCUCUUGCCUGUCGCUUUCUCUUUUCUUGGAUGCCAUUGCCCCUGUUUGGAUAUCGGCGGCUUAGGCCAAACCACCAAUUUUUUACAAAGCUAAACGCUGCUCUUUGCAAUGGUUUGGUACUUUGGUGUAAAACCGCCAAAAAACAAACGGACCCUUCAUCUUGGCCGAAAUCCAACUGAUUCAAACUGAGCUCGAGGCAGCCUCUAGACAUGCGUUGGAUUUAGCAAAAUUUCCUAAAUAUGGCUCAAAGUGUAGUAGCAUAAGAGAAUAUGGUAAGUGGUAACUCAAGUACGUGAUAUGCAGACCGAUGUUUAAGCAAGACUUGAAGCCAAAAAUGAGAAAUACAAGAAAAUUGUUGAUACAAAACAUGCCAGAAGUUGUUUAAAGAAGGUGACAAGGUGAUAAUAUUUUUAAGGAAGAAGAGAUUUAUGUUGGAUUCUUCAACAAGCUGAAGCGGAGGAAAUAUGAUCCUUACAAGAUUUUGAAAAGAUUAAUGGUAAUGCAUAUGCAAUUGAUCUUCCCAAAGACAUGAAUAUUUUGAAGUCUUUCAAUGUGGUUGAUCUAUACGAGUUUCUUUAGGACUCAAGGGUGAGUUUCUCACAAGACGUGGCUAAUUUUGAAGAAAAGCUCAACAGAAAAUGAGUUGCAUUAAAACGGGGAUAACUCUCACCUCGGUGCUCCGUCUGAGGCCCACUAGAAAUCAAGAUUAACUUCCCAUUUUUUAUGGAUUCCACUUUUGUUUUUUAAAGAACACAUUGGUGUUAUUUGUUUUCGGGGUCUGAUUACCAAAGAACUUAUUGAUAACAAUAAGAGAUAAAUGCAAUAUGUGGCUAUAUUUCAUUUUUUUUU